CUGUGGGGGAAGGAGUUUACUAAGGAAUAUAAUCAUAUGCCGUUACUGAGAACUGACACCGUCAACAAGAUGUCGGCAGUGUCGGUCGUAGCGGGCUCCGCGGUGGCGAUGAUCGGCGCCAACCUGCGCUUCGGUUCAGCCGGUGCUUCAAACUCCUCUGUGGUCAACAACACGAGACUCUGUCCACCAGGGGGAGCCGCUAGCGCCGCCGCUCUACUGGCACUCUCUGGUCUUGGUAUGACCGCUAACAUCGCGCUCAUGGCUGUCAUAUUGAGCAAGAAGCAGCUUAGACGGUGGUCUCACGGUCUACUCUUCCACCAGGCGAUGGUAGACUGUGCCCGCGCCGCCAUCCUCCUACCUCUGGGUAUAGCGGUGUUCCGAUGUCAACCAGUCUACAAAUGUUCGCUCGUGGAAACUGCGUUCUUAUUACUUGUAACUGUCUCCACGGUCAACAUGCUCACGACAGUUCUCAACGACAGUCCCAUUUUCCCCGAAAACGAAGAGGAGCAAGCUGAUUUAUCGGCGCCUUUAUUAAUGGAUAGUCCACAAUGCGUCCUUUUCGGAACUUUUAUGAUAUGGUUUGCGUCAAUUACCAUUAACCUCGGGCCUACAUUCUUAUCGGGAGCGUUGGCAGCCAGCGCUGGUUCUUACGGCUCCUAUGGCCCGUCCCCCUCCUGCCCGCUCGUCCGAGGUCCCUUCAGACAUUACGUUCUUAACGCCCUCUGGAUAGGAGUUAAUGCUGUUUGCGUCGGAUUGACAUUAUUCCAUUUACGAAAACUCCAUCGGGACCUCACUAAGGCUAACGUAGAGGCCGUUCGUGUCGCGGGUCUAGUGACCACGCUGGUCAGCAUGGCUGGAGACAGUCGCCGAAUGGACUCGCUCCCCAACAGUGUCGGUCCGAGGACCGUCGACGGUGCUUUAGCUGACGGUCACUGUCGUGCCAGGAGCAGCGCCAACCUGCCGCUGGGAGGAGGGAGGCGUCUCCGAGGAUACCUGGCGAGAGUCGAGCGGGAGGGAGUCAGACGUGUGCGCAUGUUCCUCGUCAUCACCGCGGCCUAUGUUCUAUUCUGGGGACCUUUGUUCUUUAUUACACUUUUGCAUCAUCCCGCCUUGACCUCACAUGUGGCCUAUGAACUAUACUUCCAAAUAACGCUGCAUAUCUCGUACGUGCACGCGGCCGUCAACCCUCUACUGUUCCUGGCGCUUCAUCGAGCCCUGCGUCGCGCUGCUCUGCAGCUCUGCUGUGGCUGCUGCGUACACUGGAGCCAGUUCGUUCUGGCCCUCACCGCGGCUGCCCAGUCUCCCCUGGCCCCGGCGUCCUUCUCGCCGGCCGCAGCGUCCCCGGAGCCUCCCCCCGCGCCCCCUCCCCCGGCGCCCCCCCACGCUCCGGCGCCACACACGAUGAUGGUAAUUACUUCUUAUAUUUGGGAGGUCGAGGAGUGUGAUGCAGAGAGUAUGUCGAGUGAACGUGUGCAGGGAGACGAGGAUAUGAUGGAGUGGACCGGCGUGCGGCGUCCGCGCUCGCCGAGCCCGCUGCUGCCGGCGCUGUGA